UCGAUCCGGCAACACCGCAACCGUGGCAAAAUAAUAACAAACCCAAUUUGUCCUCAGAUUGUGAAUUUUUAAGCAUUUAAGCGAUGCUACCUGGCGUUGGAGUGUUUGGAACUGGCGAGAUAGCCAACGUGCUGGUCCCACUGCUCCGGGAGAAAGGAUUCGAGGUCCGGGCCAUCUGGGGCCGAACGCUGAAGGAGGCCAAAGAAACUGCCACCACACAAAAUGUGCAAUUCCAUACAAACGUUAUAGACGAUGUCCUACUGCGAAAGGACGUGGACCUGGUGUUCAUCGUCUGCCAACCGUUCCUGCAUGCCGAGAUCUCGGUGAAGGCACUGGGAAUUGGUAAGCAUGUUGUCUGUGACAAGCCCGCCGGACUGCACCAGCAAGAUGCCCUGAAAAUGGUCCGCGCCUCGCAAUAUUAUCCAACGCUGAUUUCUCUGGUGAAUCAUCCGCUGCGGUUUCUGCCCGCCUUCACGCACAUGCGACGCUGCCUGCAGGACGAGCUGAUAGGCUCCAUCGGCGACGUGGUCCUCAUGGAUGUACGUGUCCAGAUGGGCACGUUGUUUCCCGAGAAGUACAAUUGGAUGUGCGACGCCCAAAUGGGCGGUGGAGCUCUCAAUCUAGUGGGAUCUGUGGUAGACUUGGUCAGCUUUCUGCUGCAACAACAAGCUAUCCGCGUACAUGGAGUCCUGCGUUCAUAUACGAAGUCCACGCCAGCUAUCAAUGGCAUUAGGCAGAUCACAGCGCCGGAUUUCUGCAAUUUCCAGAUGGAACUGAACACGGGAACUCUGGUGACUGUCGCUCUGCACAGUCACACCGUGCCGGCGAAGGCCUUCUCCCAGGAAGUCCUCAUAUAUGGCAGCAAGGGACACCUAGUUGUGCGCGGCGGAGAUCUAUUCGUGCUGAAAGAAGGGCAGCCCAAGGAGGAAGCAGUCUAUGUGGACGUCCAGGAUCUACACUUUGCCACAAACAACUCUUUGCUCCCACGUCCCUACAUCAAGGGUCUCUGCAAGAUGGUAGGAGCUCUCAAGGAAGCCUUCGGAAGCAAGGAAUCCUCCUGGGUCAAAGCACCCGUCUCCACGGCGGCCACAUUCGAAGAUGGCCUGUAUGUCCAGGCUGUGGUGGAGGCUAUUAGGAAAUCCAACGAGUCCCGGCAAUGGCAAAGGGUACAGUUGUCCACGGAUGCCCCUCUUAAUCACGAUCAGAUCAUUCGCUAUGCACGCAUGUCAACUAUGUAGUGUAUUUUUAUAGUGCAAUCACUCCAGAAGAGCAGUAUAUAUAUUUUUUAUAUAUUUUUGUGUUUAGGUUUUAAGCAUUUACCAGAUUCUAGGCCUUUAGGCCCUGUAUCUCACCGUCAUCCAUGUAUUUAACUUAUUAUAUUUGUAUGUC